CAACAAAACCAUUAUACCCUGAUAAUUUAAUUGAAAAUGGGUUCAGGGUUUAAAAAAGAGGGAAGAAAAUCAAAAGAGAAGACAAUAAAAUACGAAAAAAAGAAAAAAGAAAAAAAAGAGAAAAAAGGAGAGAAAAGAAAAGAAAACUAGACUAAGCGGAUAAAGAAGUUAUCUAUAGAAUAAGUAAAUAGCGUAAGCGGAGCGGAAAAGCAGACUAUCCAGACAUCAACGACAGACAUCCCAUAAUCAGGGGCUAAGCGUCGGCUGGGUCUACCAGCGUAGCAAGGACGAGCUAAUAGUGAUAGCUCGGGACCUCGGGCUCAAUGACGAAGGCCGUGUCGAUGACCUGAGGAAGAGAUUAUCCUCGUUCAUUCAAGGCGGCAGCUAUUCGGCGCAGAUCAAGGAGCGGCUGGCUAAGUGGGAGACACGUUUCUCAAAGGUGUCUGGAUUCUCUUUGGGAGGCGCAGCGACGAGCAUGGGCAGCCGCGCUUAUCAAAAGUCGGAGCCGGACCAACGGAAGAUACAGGAGCGCGACCCCUUCUCGGCAGCGUCGCUAAAGCUGAGCGUACCCACGGCGAGUAGUGCGGCUGGGAGCCGGAGGAAUGAGAGACCGUGGGAAUUCUACGGUUGCGGCGAAAACAAGGUGCUCGCAACGGUACCGAAGGCUGACCGUCGGAUUCCCAUACCCUCGCCGCCGCCGGAAAGGCACCCGCCUUGGAGUGUAGAUGAGCAGGUCCGAAAAUGGGGAAUGAGGAACCGACAGCCGGUCGGUUCCCCUUGACUUUAUAGAAAUCCUGGAGGAGCGGGCGAUCACGUACGGCAUCGAGCUAGACCGGAUGCCCAGGGCGUUGAGCGAAGUACUGGUUGACAAGGCGACCAAAUGGUUCCUAACCAGCGGGUUGAGGGAAGUGUCCUGGCUGGAACUUAAGAAAGAAUUCCUCGACUUCUUCUUGCCGCCGCAGUACCUCGAGCUCUUGGAAGAUUCGGGCGUCGCCAGCGGGAAGGCGAGUCCUUCAAGGAUUAUCUAAUCAAGCUGCGACUACUAAUGCGUCAGGCUAGGUACAGCCCGGCGCAAGAGUUAAACAGGGCCUACGAAAACGCAUCCCCGAAAUAAAGGCUAUAUGUACGGCGGCACGAUUUCGCAUCUCUCACGCAGCUGACGCAGAUGGCAGCUGAAUACAAGAAUGUGCAAAGUCAGCAGAGGGAACAGGAGAAGAAGAUUGCGGUGAAGACUGCUUGGUCAAAGCCGGCGGAGGGUAGGCAGGGCAAUCCAUUCCGCACACAGGCGCCAGACUCCCGGUUUGGAGAACAGGCCGCGAGUCAGACGUUGACGCCAGCGGCUGCAUCGCCAAUGGAGGCGUCGAGUCGGAUGAUGACUCAAGACACUCGAUCCGGGCCGGGCCAGCGGCGAGUAUGCUUCAGGUGCGCGCAGGCCGGACACUUCGCACGAGAGUGUCGCAAUGCGCCAGUGAUAUUCUGCUGGCGCUGUGGACAGCGAGGCAGGAGCACGAAGGAGUGCAGCAAGCAGAACAGCGCGGAAAAUGGACAUGGGCGCCCUCCACAGGAGCGGAGCGGCACCGUUUAAACGAUAAGGAAGAAGAUAGGUACCCGCUCAGAGUGGAUGAGGGCAAGAUCGUCGCGACGGUGGUGAUCGGGGGUUAAAAGAUGACCGCCACGAUCGACACUGGGGCCACGCGCAGUUUCGUAAGCGAGGACUGCAUGUGCCAACAGACGAUGCGAGGCGAGUACUACGACGUGGAGUCGAGGAUCAGUGUGUUGUGGCGAUGCCAAGUUGGUGAUGAGGAUGGUGGGAGACAUGGCGGAGAAGCGUCGUCGACGAAUAGGCAAGACGCGCAAGAAAGGAGCAGUCAAUCCAGAGGGCAAGAUUGGUUUCGCUCGGCGUCUCUUCACCAAAGGAGGGCCAGUGGUCGUCAGUCGUGAGAUUGCCAACUGGCAGGCGCGCCGUCUGACAAGAGGAAAACGAGGUCGUCGGGCGUGAUAUUGCCAGUCGACGCGCAGGGCACGGCGAGUUUGGGCACGCCGUCGGACGAGAAGAAAAGGAAGAGCAAGGGGACGCCGGGAAGAGAUCGGAGGGGACCGGGAAGGAUCUCUUGGCGGCGAAGAUGAAUAGAACGAAAGGAAGCAAGGAAUUGGCUCAGAGAAAGGGAGCCGGGCCUCCCGCGAGAGCUACAAAGCAGAGCGAGGAUUUGAGGGGCCGCCGCCAGAGAUCAAUCACAUUCAGGAGAGGCUCCGACACGCACGAUUUAUAUCCACACUGGAUCUGAAGAGCGAGUAUAGGCAGAUCGCGAUGGCGGCAGAUGUAGAGAAUGCACGGCAUUCAAAAAAAUCGGAGCGACAAAAAACCAGUACAUAGCCAAUCUGAAAGAAGUUUUCCAGCGCUUGAAGGCGGCCAAAUUGAAAUUCAACAGGAAGAAGUGCAGUUUCUUUCGGGAAAAGUUGGCGUAUCUUGGCCACGUGAUAAGCGGAGAGAGUAUUUGCACCGAUCCUGAGAAAGUCGAGGCGAUUUGGAGCCUCCCAUCGCCUUCAAAUCUAAAGGAGCUGCGGCAGUGCUUAGAAAUGGCUUCAUGGUAUAGGCGCUUCGUGCCAAACUUCGCGUCGCUAGUACAACCGAUGGCGAGGCUUCUUAAAAAGGAUCAGAAGUGCAUCUGGGGCGAAGGGCAGGAAGAGGCAUUGCGGAAACUCAAGGAGAGGUUAACGACCGCGCCUAUCUUGGCCUAUCCCGACUUCUCGACAAAGUUUGUGUUGCAGACCAACACCAGCGACUACGGCCGGAGUGCGGUGCUGACAAAAGAGGCCGAGGGUCAAGAGCGGGGUAAUAGCCUACGUCAACCGAAAGUUACUUUUCAGAGCUCAACUAGUCGGCCACGGAGAAGGAGUGUCUCGCGAUCGUUUGGGCGAUUCGAAAGAUGCGGUGUGGAGGGCUACAGGUUCGACGGAUCACCUGGCGCUGAGGCGGCUCAACUCCAUAGAAAGUCCCACGGGCAGGAUCGCUCGAUGGGCGCUAAAGUUGCAGCAGUUUGACGUACGCUAUCGCCGAGGGAGCUUGCACGUAGUAGCUGACACACUGUCCCGGCAAAACCUAGACAGUUGUCAGCAGACCGUGGAAAACAAUCCCCCUUGUGGGUGGAUCCAGAAGAUGCGUGAGAGGAUUGCGAGGGAGCCUGAGAAGUUCCAGGAUUACGUUGAGGACAACGGACAGUUAUAUCGGAAUCUGGGUCAUCGGAUGGACGAGGAGGAUAUUUUCCCAUGGAAGCUGCGCAUCCCCAGCAGUUAUGAGAAAAACCACUGCCGCGCUGCUGCAGUUGGCGUUCCGGGAGCGGAUCCGGAGCAGAUUUGGAGUGCCCAGGACGUUCGUUUUCGUGAACGGCGUACAUUUUACGAGUAGGAGUUUCAAGUCCUUCAUGAAGUCCUUGGGUGUGGUACUCCAAUACACGGCGCCUUACUCGCCGCCCAACGGAAAGGACGAAUCGCAAAGUGAAGACCAUGAUAGCGCAAUACAUCGAGGACCAUCAAAGCUCGUGGGACGAGCUAUUGCACGAGAUAACGCUGGCGGUCAAUUCCAGUGUGGCCGAUUCAACGGGCUUUACACCGGCAUUCCUGAUGAUAGGGCGGAAGCCACGUUUGCCCGUCGUGUUAUACGACGAGGUCACUUCUGGUUCGGCGACGAGGGAAAUCAAGCCCGAGGCUAAGGAGGGCAGGAUGAAAGAGGUCUUCGACAUAGUACGCAGCAACCUGCAGCGGACUUCUAAGGAUCAAGGCAGACACUACAACUUGCGCCGGCGCGACUGGUGGUCCUGUUACGACAGCAUCAACUGUCGAACGCGGCAGAAGGAUUUGCGGCGAAACUGGUACCCAAAUUUGACGGUCCUUACAAGGUCGUCAAGUUCAUCUCCCCCCUGGUAAAGGAAGGCUAAAACCUUUUCAUCACGGAGAGGAGGAGGUCGACACGAUCCCGGAAGUUGAGGCCGGGCAAACGGUGGACGAGGCGCGGCCAGCUUUGUCCCCUGGGGAUAACGACAGAGUGCCCUACGAGACCCGCCAUUCUGGUGGAUCACUAACUUCCCCGUAGAAACCCCCAUACUAACGUUAACCCUAACGCAAUAGUUCGAGGGCCGCUUCGCUCAUUAACGAAAAUAAAACCGUAUAAUUGAAAGCUCUUCAUCCAUAGGGAGAGCACGAAGAUGGAUCAGGUGAUCGAAAUCAGCAGUGAUGAGAAGUUCAUGAACGUCGAGGGAGAAGAGUCAGAGCAAGGCUCAGCUCGCGUCGAAGACGCGAGAAGCGACAAUACGUAGCCGUUCCCACGUGAGGAGGCGAGAGGACGACAGCGGGAUCCCAGGUUGGGCAGGGAUUAUUACCGCCAACACGAGGAACAGGAACAGCCUUACAGUUUGCAUACGGUUCAUUGUUCGACGGUAAACGUAGCAUCCCGGCUGGACGACGUCGUAAUAUUUAGGCGGACAGAAUUUACGACCGUGUACAUCCAAAUGCCCGGAGUAAGGAAAACACCACCGUACGUGGAGGAAUCGCCGGCACUUCCUACGGAGCAGAAUACACAUAAUGCUCAUGUUUCCAGAGACUGCAAGAGACGGUGCCGAGCAAAUUCGAAAUAAACUGGAAUUAGCAAUGGGAAGAUUACCGGAAAUCGGAGAAUGCGAUCGAUAAAGAGCUCGAGUAACAUUAUUUAUCACAAUUGGAGACGUUGCACUGCACAAAUUGAUUUCAUUUCCAGGAGCUUCCUAACAAAAUAUAUAAAUAAUUAUUAAUAACAAGUAAGAAAACUAUAGUCGAGACUCCUCGACUAGAUACUACCCUUAACCAAACUAAGAAAAAUGCUAAAUGUGUACGGUUUAAAAUUUCUAUUUCGAUAUGUUUAAAAAUAUAAGUAAAAUAAAAAACUCAGUGUAAUAUA